AUGGCAAGUACGCAACAUAGUAAAACCGCUGGGAAGAGGUGCUUCGUUACUAUUGGCGCUACUGCACCUUUCGAUAGCUUGAUACGAGCUGUCUUGCAUCCUGACUUUAUUGGCGCUCUACACGCUGCUGGGUAUGUGGAGCUACGGGUCCAAUAUGGUAGCCAUGAGGGUGAAACAAUAUUUCAGUCGAGAUUGAAAGAGUUGGCUACGUCUGUCGAUGAUCGUAGGCUCGAGAUCACUGGCUUCGGAUUCAAUAAGUAUGGUCUCAGGGAUGAAAUCUCGGCCGUGCAAGGAUUCACCGAGGAAAGUCAAGGAAUGGUCAUCAGCCACGCAGGCUCGGGCUCAAUCCUUGAUGCUUUGAGAGUGGGAAUUCCUCUCGUUGUUGUGCCCAACUCAGAUUUGCUGCACAACCACCAAGCGGAACUCGCGGAGGUCCUUGCGGAGCAAGAAUACGUUAUACAUGGAAACAUCGACGACCUCGCUUCAUCAAUACCAGAAGUGGAAGCCCUUCGGCGCAAGAUGAGACAGUGGCCACCUCUUAGGUCAGGCGAAGAAAAAUACAAACACGGUCUUGCAGAUGUCAUUGCCGAGGAGAUGGGCUGGCAAAUUGGGUGA